AUUCACAAUCACAGUCUUACCACUCCAUCCAUCCAUCCAUCCUUAACUCUAUCUUUAAACUUUUCCUAUCCUCUAUGGGUUCAACUGAGAAUGAGAAUGGAAAUUUGAAGCCUCUUCAUGUUGCAAUGCUCCCAUGGCUUGCUAUGGGACACGUACUCCCUUAUUUUGAGUUGGCCAAAAUUCUUGCUCAAAAUGGUCACACUGUCACCUUUAUCAACUCUCCCAAAAACAUUGAUCAAAUUCCUAAACCACCCAAAACAAUUCAACCAUUCAUCAAUUUGGUUAAAUCACCUUUACCACAUAUAGAACAACUACAAGGUGAAGAGAGCAUGCAGAAUAUUCCAAAAAACAUGAUUGGUUAUCUUAAGUUGGCUUAUGACGGUCUACAAGACAAUGUUACUGAUAUACUCAAAACUUCAAAGCCUGAUUGGGUUUUCUAUGAUUGUGCAGCUGAUUGGUUGCCGGCAAUUGCCAAAAGCCUUAACAUUCCUUGUGCUCAUUACAGUAUACUCGCAGCUUUGAACGUAUGUUUCUUUAAUCCACCUAGGGAUCAAGCCGUAAACAUGUGUAGCCCACCAAAGUGGCUUCCUUUCGAAACAAUUGUUUAUCUCAAACCUUAUGAGAUGAUGAGAAUAAAGGAAUCUGUUAAGAAUGAGUCUGGUGGAAAAACAGUCACUACUGCUGAUACCAGCAAAGUAUUCACAAGUGCUGACAUGUUUCUUAUUAGAACCUCUAGAGAACUUGAAGGUCCAUGGUUAGAUUAUCUUUCUCACCGAUACAAGGUUCCUGUGCUUCCUGUUGGAGUUCUUCCACCAUCCUUGCAUAUAAGAGACGACCAACAUGAUGAAAACAACCCUGAUUGGGUCCACAUCAAGGCAUGGUUGGACUCAAAAGAAUCAUCUUCUGUUGUUUACAUUGGAUUUGGAAGCGAGUCAAAGUUAGAUCAACAAGAUUUAACUGAGUUAGCUCAUGGAAUUGAACUUUCUGGGUUACCUUUCUUUUGGGCUUUGAAAGAUCGUAAAGACGGUGUAUCUGAAUUACCUCAAGGAUUCGAGGAAAGAACAAAAGAACGUGGAAUUGUUUGGAAAACCUGGGUACCCCAGAUCAAAAUCUUAGCUCAUCCAUCAAUUGGUGGAUGUAUGAGUCACUGUGGUGGAAGUUCAGUCGUUGAGAUGCUUCAUCUUGGGCAUGUUCUUGUCACAUUGCCUUAUAUACUUGACCAGUGUUUGUAUGCAAGAUUACUAGAAGAAAAGAAAGUGGCUGUUGAAGUACCAAGGAGUGAGCAAGAUGGGUCCUUUACUAGGGACUCUGUAGCCAAAACAUUGAGGUUGGUAAUAGUGGAUGAGGAAGGUAGCACGUGCAGGAAAAAUGCUAAAGAUAUGGGAAAAAUUUUCAGUUCAAAAGAUCUUCACAAUCAAUACAUUAAAGAUUUAAUCGCUGCUCUUCAAAAGCAUAGAGUUCAUUCCGACAGUUAAGCAUAUUUCAUGUGUUUCCCUUUCAAUUUUUUAUUUUAUUUUUAAUCUUAUUGCAAUAAUAGUCCAUGAGAUGUUGAUGUCAGUUCAUUGGCAAGAGUUUGACUUUGUAAUUUCAUGGGACAAAGUUCAAGAGUUUGAUCAUUGUUACCACCAAUAAUGAAAAAUUUAUUUUCCUCAUUUUUU